ACCCGACCGGAACAAGGCUCCAGGCCCACCACAGCUGCCACUCCUCCCCAUUCCCGACCAACCACCGACGCGGCCGCUCCACCAUGGCGUCCGCCUCCGCCUCGCCGCGCACCAUGCGGGAGCUCAUGGACGCCCUCACCGCGCACCUCUCCCUGUACCACGCCGCCGCGAACCCUAGGCCCCCCGCCUCCUCCUCCUCGUCACCGCGCGCCGCGAUCCUCCGGUGGCUCGCCUCCCUCUCCCCCGCCGCGCGUGCCGCGGCCGCCACCUCCCACCUCAGCCCCGCCGCGGCCGCUGCGCUGCUCUCCAUGCUCCGCCGCCUCCGCCUCCGGGGCCACUCCUCCUUCUUUGUCCUCCACUCCUCGUCCCCGUCCUCCGCCGCGCGCGGGGCCGAGGAGCCCACCGUCCUCUCGCGGCUCUCGCGCGGCCUCCUCGCCCGCGCCGCGGCGGGCUCCCGGGCGCACGCGCUCCUCUUCGCCAACCUCCUGCUCUUCCCCUCCUCCUCCGCGUCUUCGCGGUGCCCCGACGCGAUCACCGUCGCCGAGGCAUUCCUCGCCGACCUCGAUGGCUUUGUCGCAGCCAUGGACGAGAUCUCCGGCGGGAGGUUCCUAUGCUCCGGGGAAGGGGAGGUGGACCUGAACGCGCUCGCAUGCCAGGAUUUCCCGGAGCUGCCCUGGCUGAAUGCGAAGGGGUACUACGUGAUCGAGGAGUUUGUGGCCAACAGGUUGGAGAUCGCGCUGCGGAUGUCUUGGGCGGCGGCAGGGGGAGGUGGAGUUGGAGGCAGGAAGGCGGCGAGAGUUGGGAAGGGUGUGAAGGAGAAGGCUGGGCUCGCUGCAAACGCGUUCUGGAGGGAGAAGGGAUAUGUGGAUUGGUGGAUGAGGCUGGAGCCUCGGAUGAGAGCAAGGAUCAUGGGGGCAUUCUUUGGAAAAGGUGCAGUGGCCCUGGCUAAUGAGAUGGUUGGAGGAUCAGAUAUUGCUUGGGAUAAUUUCUCCUUCUGCUUAGGUGAAUCAGGAUCAUUUGUGGCAGAUAAAUCUUGUGAAUGUACACGGCAGUCUUUCUUCAGAAAGAAUCGGGCUUGUUCCAUUGACAUUGCAAACAUUAUGUCUUGUAGCAAGAAGCCUAUAUUUGCUAAAGAGUUGAAAAGACUGAAACUAGUUGAGGAGAUAGUGUGUUUGAAGAACAACAUUACUUGCUGUGGUGGUGAUGCAAUCUUUUUCACUUCAUUAUCUUUGGCUCCUACUGCUGCUGAUGAUAUACUUAUGAAAUUACGAGGGCUCCUUAUGGUGGUGUCAACAGAAAGCAUAAAUCUUGAACUUAUUGGGGAUGGAGAUCCAAAAAAGAAAGAUGUUGAGAAGAUCAGUGGUGGUUCUCGGAAAGGAAAGAAGAAGUCUAACACCUUGAAAAAGCUAACUGCAUCUGCUAAACCAUCCAAGACUUUUUUCCAGGAUAACGGCUGCAGUAGUUCAGAAAGUCGCAAUUGUAGGCCUUUACCCAGCCAGUGCCAUGCAUCUGCUGGAGGUACUGCUGAUGGACCUCCAUCUGAAGAAACUCCUUGCAAGGAAAUUAUACCCACAAUGAAGGAGCAAACUGUUGGGUUGGAUGACUGCAAGAAUCAAUGUAACAAAAAGAAGAACAAGCGUAAAGGGAAAACAAAACUAUCAAAUCUUACGAGACCUGAGAGCCCAAGAUCUACCAAAUUGAAAACAGGAGUUCCCCAUAUUGCUACAGAUGCCGCACAUAAACCUGUUGAAGAAGUCGAUGUCUCACCUCAUCACCCAUCUUAUGUCCAUCCUUCCAAGAGUGAGAUCUCUGAAGCAGUUAGCUGUUCUGACUCUUCCAUUUUAUCUAAUGGAACAAAUAUAAUAGCCAGCAGAAAGGCCACAAAACUUGAAAACCCUACUAGAGUUAGCUCAUCAGUUACUACAGAACAUUUUCAAAGUGCCAAUGAAUAUGAUGCCUUCAAUAUGGAUGAACAGGCCUCAUCGUAUAUCAGUCAAAGUGAAUCGAUGGCUCGGACAUCGUCAUGUUUACCUUCAGGAAUCAACAUCUUCUCUUCCAAUAAUCUGCACGGAAGCUCUGUUGGCUCCUUGGUAAGAUCUGCACAGGAAAAAACUGGCUGUGAUGAGAAACAUGUGGAACAUAAAUCUUUAGCAACAAAGGACAAACUUUUACCUUCUGUUAUUCCUGCCAACAUGCUUCAAAGUGCUAUAAGUGACAAUGGUGCAGUAAUGAAAAAUAGUGGUGGUGAAUAUUAUGUAUACAACAGGAACCUACUGGGAGGAACAUCAUAUGAAUGGCCCAGUGUAACACCAUCUCAUUUUGUAUCUCCUGAAAUGCAACAGCGUCCAGCUGCAGCAGACAGGUUGCAUCUUGAUGGUUACAAAUGGCCAACUCAAUUCAACCAACCCUUUCUUUCUGCUAACCAUCAGGUGAGGAAUCCGCCGAUCGAUGCUGGAUGCAAUCAAAUGUUACCUUCUCUAGCGGUGCCACUAAGUUUUGAUUGGCCUCCUGUUUUUAGAGGUUAUGGUAAAAAUGCGGCUGUAAGUUAUGAUCCAUUGUAUACCCCACAGAUGCAAUCUUCUGCUUGGUCAGGGUUCCCUGCUCAACUAAUGCAAAGAGGGGGUAUUUGCAGUGACAGUGACAUUGGGGAUGAUUCUGAAAGCUACUGGUUUUCUGAAGAAGAAUCAGAUAGCCGUGCACAUUCUGGAAGAGAUAUUAACCAAUACUUUGGUGGAGGUGUGAUGUAUUGGAGUCCUGCAGAACAUGCAGGAACUGGCUUUUCUAGGCCACCAUCUCUUAGUUCAGAUGAUAGCGCCUGGGCUUGGCAUGAGGCUGAUGUUAUACGAGUCGUUGAUGAUGUAGCUAAUGGGAUUCCAUCUACACACGCAAAUGGUGUAUCAUCACCACCCUCCACUCCAUCCUGUUCUCAAAAUGAAUCUUUUGAUCCUGCUGCUCACUCAAUAACAGGGAAUGGCAUCAAUAAUGAAGCUCUGACCUCUCCAUCUUCUACGCAAGAGAGUCCUGAAGAUAAAUCAACUUCAGUUGCAAAGAGUGUGUCUUGUGGCAGUGAAGUAGUUAAGGGAGAUACAUUGCCAUAUUCUAUGCUGCGGCCUAUAGUUGUUCCUAUACCACGAAGGUCAUCAAGAUCUGACAUUAAGGCAGGUCAUGAUCACAGGAGCCCAUGUGUACCAUCAACAAGGAGGGACAUACCUCUUCCAAGAAGACCUCCAUCACCAGUAGUACUUAGUGUUCCUCGCGUGCCUCGGCCACCACCUCCUUCACCUGCAGGAGAGUCAAGAAAAAGAGGAUUCCCGAUUGUUAGAUCUGGCAGCUCAAGUCCUCGUCAUUGGGGGAUGAGAGGUUUAUUUUCUGAAGACAAAAUAUUUCAUAGAGCUCAGUUUUGCUUGGAUGGUCCUGAAGUUGUAUGGCCUUCAUGGGGAAACAAGGGAACUUCUUCUGGUACAUUGGUGCAAUCAAUUGAGGAUACUGUUCUGCAGGACCACCUUGUUAAGAUUUCACAGCUAUCUCGUGAUCAACAUCCAGAUGCGGCAUUACCUGUACAGCCACCAGAUAUGCUAAAUGGCUCGUCUCACAAGGCAUCCCUCUCUUUGAUGCACAAUGCUCUACAUGAAGAAAUAGAUCAAUUCUGUAAGCAGGUUGCUGCUGGUAAUCUGGUGAGGAGGCCCUAUAUAAACUGGGCUGUCAAAAGAGUCACACGGUGCUUGCAGGUUCUGUGGCCUCGCUCCCGUACAAAUCUAUUUGGCUCAAAUGCCACUGGUUUGGCUCUUCCAACUAGUGACGUUGAUCUUGUAGUUUCUCUUCCCCCUGUCCGAAACCUGGAACCUAUUAAAGAAGCUGGAAUUUUGGAAGGCCGGAAUGGCAUCAAGGAAACAUGCCUACAGCAUGCAGCAAGGUGUCUUACAAACCAAGACUGGGUUAGGAGUGAUUCCCUUAAAACAGUCGAAAACACAGCUAUACCUGUGAUCAUGCUUGUAGCAGAUGUACCUUGUGACACAAAUACGUUCAACGAGUAUUCUUCAGUACUGGAUAGCUCACAAGAAUAUUCAGUUAAUGUGCUUGGAGAACAAGGGAGUCCUCCUCAGUCUGAUACCUCUAGUUCAGAAGGCAGCGCCAUGCUGGUGUCCUCAAAAUUGAAUAAGGACGAUUGUGAUAUUGUGCAGUCAAUUCGUCUUGAUAUAAGUUUCAAAUCGCCAUCCCACACAGGACUGCAGACUACUGAGUUGGUACGUGAGUUGACACAGCAAUUUCCUGCAGUUGUACCUCUUGCAUUGAUUCUCAAGAAGUUUUUGGCUGACCGGAGUUUGGACCACCCCUAUUCAGGUGGUCUAAGCUCUUACUGUUUGGUGCUAUUAAUUGUUCGUUUUCUCCAGCAUGAGCAUCAUCUUGGUCGGCCUAUCAACCAAAAUCUGGGCAGCCUUUUGAUGGAUUUCUUGUACUUUUUUGGGAACAUAUUUGAUCCACGCCAUAUGCGUAUUUCCAUCCAAGGAAGUGGAAUUUAUUUGAAUCGAGAAAGAGGGCAUAGCAUUGAUCCAAUUCACAUUGAUGAUCCACUUUGCCCUGCUAACAAUGUGGGCAGGAAUUGUUUCCGCAUUCACCAAUGUAUUAAGGCUUUUGCAGAUGCUUUUGCUGUACUAGAGAACGAGCUACUGCAGUUCAGUUCAGAAUGUAGCAUGCCUGCAUCAUCAUUCAAUAUACUAAAGAAAAUAAUCCCAAGUAUUGAUUCUGAUGGGUUGUAGCUAUAAAAAGAGGUAGGAUUCCGCACACUACAUUUGGUGUCAGGUUGGAAUGACCUGUGCUGCCUUUUAGACACACUAAUGGCUAUGUAGCUGCUUAGAAGCCUCGGUCUGCUGAGUUUGCUACCCCUGAAUGGACGAAGAAGUAGAUCUGCAAGAUGGCCAUAUCCAACUGUAUGAGCACUGGCGUGUUCAUGUAAUGAUGCAAGAUGCCUUGCUCCCUGAUCAGACUGAUGGAUCGGAGGUGGAUUUGUGUACUCAAGAGCACGGUGGUGCUUCAUACAUGGAUGGCUGCUCUUUUACCUUUCUGGAAGAGCUCAUUCAUGUAACGCUGGGCCCUUGGUGGUGCCAAAACUAUUUUGUAGCAGAAAUGAAUUCGUCAAAGUAUGCCCUGCUGGCCAGACCUGUAAGGUCACAACUAACAAAAGGAGCAGAGCAGGCCUUCCUGAACACUGAAUAUCACUGGAGAUUGCUGGAGCACCGCU